GUCCAUUCGCCAUCUUCGAUUGAACACCUGAUCCCUUCGCCGAUUCCCAUUUUUGCCCCCAAAUUCAUUUUUAAAUAUUCUUAAUUGUUGAAUUUUAACCUAAUUUCAUGGAGUCCGCUGCAACAAAAGUGAAGAAGGGUGCUGGAGGAAGGAAGGGCGGCGGCCCGAAGAAGAAGCCUGUGUCCCGUUCUGUCAAAGCCGGUCUACAGUUUCCGGUAGGUAGAAUUGGACGUUACUUGAAAAAGGGUCGCUAUGCCCAGAGGGUUGGUACUGGAGCCCCAGUUUACAUGGCCGCAGUUCUUGAAUAUCUUGCUGCUGAGGUUUUGGAGUUGGCUGGAAAUGCAGCACGGGACAACAAGAAGAACAGAAUUAUCCCGAGGCAUGUGUUAUUGGCUGUGAGGAAUGAUGAAGAGCUUGGGAAAUUGCUGCAAGGAGUGACCAUUGCUCAUGGUGGAGUGAUUCCGAACAUUAACCCAGUAUUGUUGCCAAAGAAGACUGGUGCAGAUAAGGAACCAAAAUCACCCUCAAAGGCUACCAAGUCUCCCAAGAAGGCUGCUGCUUAGUUCAAUAUGAAUUCACUUGAUAAAAUAUUUUACCAUGUAGCUAGCUUAGCCUUAGAACGAGUUUCUAGAAAAAAUGGGUUGUAGAGAAAAGAUAAGGUUGUAAUUUGUAGCCCUAUUUCUUUGAAUCCAUGAAUUAAAAUUGAAACCCCUUGUUUUGGUUUU